AUGUCCUCCUCCGGCCUCGACCCCACGGGACCUUCCCAGCCCAACCUGGAUACAGCAUACAAAGUCGCCGGCAACCCCGCCACGAAAGAGCCCGUAGAACAGGCUCAGGCAUAUCAUAAAGAUGACUCUGCUUCCAUCGAGAAACGCGUCCCCUCCGAGCAAGCACAUGAUCAAUCCGAAGCCACUCCCACUUCUGUAGCCCGCGGUAUCCGUGGCGCCCCUCCUGGUGAAGAGGUCAAAGGCGAGACUCACGAGUCUGUAGGCAGAAACAAGGAACUCGAUGGUGAGCAGAUGGCUGCUCCUGGCGAAGGAAAGGUUGCAGAUGUCGUAGAUCGCAAGCCAGGUGCUACUGGAGCAGCGCCAGAUUUGGCUUCCGAUCUGGAUCGCAAGAAGGAGGAGCAACAAGAGGCCAGAGAGGAGAUCGAGGAACAGAAGAAGGAGGAAGUCGAUGUUGCCGGCGUGUUGAGUAACAGAGGAGGUCCCGCGAAUCCUGUCGACAAGGGCGGUUACCCAAACUCGGAUUACAAGUAG